UGUAAACAACGGAAAAUAAGGGUUACUUGCUUGCACUUGCUUGGCACGUAUGGUAGUGUGCUAUGUUAUGAAAUAUGUAUAUAUAUUUUUGUAAAUCUAAUUCUUAAUUAAUGAUGUUAGACGUAUAUUAUAUCCUUUUGUGUGCUGUGAUUUUGAUAUUAAUUGCGAUUCUCGUGCUAUGUAUACUUGUAGUCAAAACUACAACACCAUGUCCUGUUGUCCUUCGUUCAGAGAAAGAAACGUCAUUUUUUGAUCCAGAAUCUGGUCAGACUAGUGAAUUUCCUUCUCUGAGUGAUCAAUGGAGCAUUCACCUUAGUGUUGUUGUACCAGCUUAUGAGGAAGAAAUUCGACUUCUUCCAAUGCUGGAUGAGUGUCUGGAGUAUUUAGAAUCACGAAAGCCUGCUCUUACAUAUGAGGUUAUAGUUGUCAGUGACGGAAGUCAAGAUGGUACGGCACAAGUAGCCAGGGAAUACACCAGGAAGCAUGGUCCUAACACUGUUAGAGUCUUGGAACUUGAAACCAACAGGGGCAAAGGGGGUGCUGUUAGAUUGGGGGUGCAGAGUGCACGAGGAGCUGUGAUACUGUUUGCUGAUGCUGAUGGUGCAACCAAGUUUCCUGACCUUGCAAAGCUUGAAUCUAGUCUGAAAGAUAUUGUUAAAGCUGACUACCUGACAGCACCAGAUAAUGUUGCUACAAGUCUGGGCAUUGUCUGUGGCUCACGUGCCCACUUAGAGGAGCAGGCCAUCUCCUCUCGUUCAUAUUUUCGAACCCUUCUCAUGUAUGGCUUCCACUUCCUAGUAUGGCUCUUCUCAGUACGCGGAAUUAGAGACACACAAUGUGGUUUUAAGCUCUUCACCAGGGAGACUGCACGUCUUGUCUUUGGCAAUUUACAUGUAGAGAGAUGGGCGUUUGAUGCAGAAUUACUGUACAUAGCUCAGAGACUCGAAAUUCCCAUUUCAGAAGUAGCAGUCAAUUGGACUGAAAUUGAAGGUUCUAAACUGAUUCCAGUUUUGAGUUGGUUACAGAUGGGCAAGGAUAUAUUCCUCAUCUGGUUACGUUAUCAUAUCGGAGCCUGGAAACUUUCCAAAAAAGUGGAAUGAGAGAAAAAUGAUUAUUGUGAACAUUCCGCUGCAGGAAAUGAUUGUGUGAAGGGAGAAGAGCAUUUAUCUGUAUCCUCAUGUGAGCACAGAACAGUUGGAGGUAGUGCUGCAAAGUGGCAACAUUCUGCUUCCAUUUGUCAUACAACCGUUUCUUAUUUUAUUUUGGUUUAAAAUAAAACAUGAAUGGAAAAGAUAGAUUGUUUGUGUGAAUUACAUGCAGGAGAUAUGUGUAUUUAUAUGAAAAGAGCUGUUUUCAAAUUUAAUGAGCUCUUCAUCCAUUAUGGUCUGCUUUCAUCUUUUUUUUCAGUGUUUGUCUCCAGAAACACCAUAUUCAACAGUAUGCCACACAUUCUUUGUUGAAUUUAUAAGUACUGAGGUGUAAAAUUCUAUGACCAUAUUUCUGAUGAUAAGGAGAGAUGUGUUUCCUUGCUCUUGACAAAUAAUUGAAGAUUAGCCUGAAGUUAGAAGAGCUGUGAUUUAUGUGUUGCUGCUACUUACAGUGUGAAUGGCAUACAAUAUAUGCAAACUGACUUAUCAGUGCAGCAUUCUUAUCAUCAGUUUAAGGGUUAAAUAAGUUCCUUGUUUUGCCAUUUAAGUUCCCUGUUACAAGCGGUUAGGUCACUUAACUUUAACCCUUUGCACACCACAUACUGACUGGAUUGGCUCGGGGCACUUGCAUCUGAACUACCCUAUCUGAAGAGACAGCUCUUUGUUAAUCAUUCACUGUAGCAUUUCUGUCCAUGUAGGUCAUCAAGUUUUGCAUAAAGAUGUUUUAGAGGCACAAAUGACCUUUCUCAUUGAAUAUUUUUUUUGUUUGAAGGUCAUUCGAGGAAAAUACGGAAGGCUUUUCUGGGCAACUCAUUUACCACCAAGCAGCCUUGGCAUUCACAGUGAAGGGGUGAAGGCCCUUAUAUAUGCUGCAUCUUAACCUCGUCUCUGAUUCUUGCAUGGUUGUUGUAUGGCCUCUUAACUGGCAGCCUCCUUUUAUAUAAGUAGCAUUUUUAAAUAUGAUUUGAAUUUUGUAGACUGCGUUUGUUCAAGUUUUUUUACAAAGUUCUGAUUAUUGUUAUACCUCAUUUGCUCUGCUCUACAUCUUGUGCCAUUAUAGUUUUCAAAGUUGAUUUUAUAUCCCUGCACACUGAGAUGUUUGUAAAUUAAAAAAGAACCUUUUAAAGUACAGCCCAACAGAAGUUUAUUCAUCACUGCCAGUUUGAUUUUCUUUUAGGCUAGUUUGAAAUGUGGAAGUAUUUUUUGUGAUAAGCUAUAGAUAACAUUCCUCUGUAAAUCAGUACUGAAGUACUGGAGGAGAAACAUCUCCCUCCCCUUGUUUGAUUACAAAAUUUCCACUGCAACCCUGA